UUCGUUCCCAUCUAUUCGGCAACAGUAGCAGCAGCCUUAGGCAUUCACCAACAUCAACAAUCAAUUACUACCACUCCGCUCCCCCUUUCGUCUCCAUCCUCUCAUUGCCAUCCACGCACGCAUCUAAUAAUCUCAACUGCACCUGCUCGCUCGUCUCUUCACGCACGCCUGCACACAUAGUCACCUACAACACCGCUCCCUCGCCAUGGUGCUUUAUUCCUUCUACAUCUUCGACCGGCACACCGAAUGCAUUUACAGCCGUCGCUGGACACCCCCUCGCGAAAGCUCGUCAGGCAAAGCACGCCCCGAAUCCGGCGGAAGCAUCACUUCGAAUGGCGAUCAACCAGCUCACGCUGCCCGCAACCACUCCGAUGACGAGAAACUGAUAUUCGGUCUCGUCUUCUCGCUCCGUAACAUGGUCCACAAGCUGGGUGGCGAAGACGAUACCUUCCUCAGCUAUCGGACCGGCGAAUACAAGCUCCACUACUACGAGACCCCCACGCGCAUGAAGUUCGUCAUGCUUACCGACACGAAGCAGAACAACCUGCGCCCCUACCUUCAUCAGAUAUGGGCGAACCUCUAUGUCGAAUUCGUCGUCAAGAAUCCUCUAGCACCAGUCGAGCAUCCUGGCGGCAUUGGUGUGGCCAACGAAAUGUUUGAGAGGGGACUGGAGACUUUCAUUGUUGCAGUGCUGCCUGCUUGA